UAGUCCUCUUACUAAAUAAUGACGAACAACAACGCGAUUCCGACGUCGUCUCAUGCAUCUCCGGCAGCGAAUCACGAGUCUAUCUCACGCGCUAAGCAACAUAUCAAAGACGGACUCGCCACACGCCGCCCCUGGAGGGUGAUGUUCGAUUUCCACUCCAUGGGACUACCUCACGACGUCUCCGAUGCUUUCUCAAAAAUCAGGACGAAUCUUGCUUACUUCCGGAGUAAUUACGCAAUCGUAGUCUUGAACGUCAUCUUCUUCAGCUUGAUUUGGCAUCCGACCUCCCUCAUCGUCUUCGCCGGCUUGGUUUUCCUAUGGAUCUUCCUUUACUUCCUCCGUGACGAGCCUCUCAAAGUGUUCCGAUUUCAGAUCGACGAUCGUGCGGUCUUGAUUGGUUUAUCGGUGAUAACCAUCGUUCUUCUCCUGUUGACCAACGCGACGUUUAAUAUUGUUGCGGCGUUGGUGGCCGGAGCUGUGUUGGUUCUGAUCCAUGCGGUGGUUAGGAAGACGGAGGAUCUUUUCUUGGUUGAAGAGGCAGCGACGACUGACCUGCCACAGUUCGCCGACGAACCUGGGGCGAUAAACACUCUCUUUGUCUCUGGUUUGCCUAACGAUGUUAAAGCUCGUGAGAUCCACAAUCUAUUCCGUCGCCGUCACGGAUUCGAAUCUUGUCAGCUCAAGUACACUGGACGCGGCGACCAGGUGGUGGCAUUUGCAACAUUCACGAGUCAUAGAUUCGCUAUGGCUGCAAUGAAUGAGCUAAAUGGUGUGAAAUUUGAUCCUCAAACAGGAUCAACUCUACAUAUAGAACUAGCUAGAUCAAACUCUAGAAGAAAAGAAAGGCCAGGAAGUGGGCCUUAUGUUGUGAUUGAUAACAGAAACAAGGAACCUUCUAAGUCUCAGGAUGACCAGAGUGAUGAAGGGGAUAGCGAUCCAGAUGAGGCGCAUGAACCUGGAAAUAACGAUUCUCCAAAGGAAAACGAUAAUGCCAAAAGCGAAGCGGAUUCUGAGGCAGAUAGUAAAGCACCAUCUGCUAAUGGGCACUUAGAGAAAGCAUCUGAAGGAGGUUCUGGUGCUCGAGCUUGUUCGACCUUGUUUAUAGCUAAUCUAGGGCCUAAUUGUACAGAAGAUGAACUUAAACAACUCCUAUCUAGAUAUCCUGGUUUCAACAUCUUAAAAAUCCGAGCUAGAGGCGGAAUGCCGGUUGCAUUUGCUGAUUUUGAGGAAAUCGAGCAAGCUACUGAUGCCAUGAAUGAACUUCAAGGGAACCUCUUAUCCUCUUCAGACCGAGGCGGCAUGCAUAUAGAAUAUGCAAGAUCAAAGAUGAGGAAACAGUAAAGAAUUCAUAACCACAAAGCCUCACUUAUCAAAUGGAGAAUGUGGUCGGUAAUGUACUACAUGCCAAUGGUAGUCUCUUAUGAAAACGAGAUAUAUAGAGAUCAUAAGCAAAUGAAAGCUGUAUUUCUUA